AUGGCGGAGGCCGGGUUCUAUUCUGUGGCUACUGGCGCUGACGAUGCAGAUGCAGCGAAAUGCUUUCUUUGUGGAAAAGUAUUAGAUGGUUGGGAAGCAAAUGACGAUCCAUGGGAAGAACACAAGAGCCAUGCUGCCAAAUGCGCCUUUGUGCAACUUGGAAAGAAAGAUGAUGACUUACUGCUAUCUGAAUUUUUAUCAAUCAUCAAGCAAUAUAUGAUGAAUGAAAUAAAUAGGAUUGCAGAAUUUGCCCAGGAGCAAAUAGAUGAGAAAGCAAAGGCUGUUCGAAGAAGAUGUAUGAGAAGAAAA